UCCAUCAACGAUGAAGUAGAAAGAAACAGUACUACUGAGCAAUUGGCUGAAAGAGUUUAUCGAAGUUUAAAAGGGAGGAAGUAUCUCAUUAUCCUUGAUGAUAUGUGGUCUAUCGAUGCUUGGCAGCAUGUUAGGAGAUCAUUUCCGGAUGAUCAUAAUGGAAGUCGAAUCGUGUUGACCACGAGGCUUGUAGAUGUUGCAUCUUGUGCUAGUUCUGGCAAUUCCCUUCACCAGAUGCGUUUUCUGAGCAUGGAGGAAAGCUGGACUCUUUUACGCGAGAAGGUCUUUGGGAACGGUAGUUACCCUCCGGAAUUGGAGAAAAUUGGGAGAUACAUUGUCCAUCAGUGUCAAGGGUUGCCACUUGCAGUUGUUGCAACUGGUGGACUACUUUCCAAGAUGAGCAAGGAAACAAGUUCUUGGGAAAAUGUUGCAGAAAAGAAACUCGUGAGAUCCCGGUCUGGAAGUUAAUAAGGUUAUGGAUUGCUGAGGGGUUCGUCAAGAAAGUUCAACAUGAAAAUCUAGAAGAUGUGGCGGAGGAAAAAUUUGAGGGAGUUGGUUGAUAGAAGUUUGGUUUGGUGGGGAAGCAUACUUCCCUAGGAAAAAUCAAGACUUGUAAGAUGCAUGAUCUCGUUCGAGAUAUGUGUUUGAGAGAAGCCCAAUAUGAGAAUUUUAUACACUUCAAAACGAGGUAUUACCAAGAUGAUCUUCUAGAAAACAUUAAUUGUCUACGUCGUAUAGUUGAUUUCCAUAAGUAUACAGACAGUGGACUUUCUAAACUUAUGCCACUCACACGUUCUGUUUUCUUCAAAUAUCCAUACUUUUUUUGUUUCCUCUCACAGUCAAGCUUUAGAUUACUUAGGAUAUUAGAUGUUUGCUUUACUUCUUCUUUGUUCUGUGGUCAGUCCAUAUCAGAACUUGUUCAUUUGAGGUAUCUUGCUUGUCCGUCCUUCAAUGGUCUUAUGCAAUCACUAUGCAAGAUACGGAAUAUACAGAACUUAGUUAUUCAUGAUUUAUGUCCAUCUGGUUUAAGUAUGCGAACCCAGUUCCUACCAUGGGAAGUUGUGAAUAUGCCUCAACUAAGACAUAUCCAUACAAAAAAGUUUAGUCUUUUCAUACCCCCACCUACAUCACUAAUUGCUAAGAGGGAGAAUCAUUUACAAACGUUAACCGGAUUGAUGCCCUCAUCUUGUAAUGAAGAGGUGUUUCUAAGAAUUCCAAAUUUGAAGAAGUUGGGAAUAUUAAUUGUUGAUGAUUCAGACACUAUUCAGAAGUGUUAUUGUCUUGAUAAUCUUGUACAUUUAUCUCAGCUUGAGAAGCUCAAAGUUCAGUUCAGAGAGAGUUAUAUGCUAAUUUUCAGGUGGAUGAGCGAAGAUUGGAUGGACCUUUCUUCGCUACACAUUCCACAUUGUGACAAUUUCCCACCAAACCUUAAGAAGUUAACAUUGUGCAGAACACACAUACAAUGGGAAGACAUGAACAUUCUUAGAAAAUUACCUAAUCUUGAGGUGCUCAAACUUAAACAUCAUGCCUUUCUCGGACUAAUUUGGAAACUAAGCGAUGAAGAUGAAGAUGGAUUCUUGAAGCUAAAGUUUUUACUUCUUGAGAACAUGAAUCUGAUGCAAUGGGAAGCAACAAGUUAUCAUUUCCCAAACCUUGAGCACUUGGUUCUAACAGAUUGCUAUUUGUUGGAGCAAAUGCCUUUUGACUUUGCAGAGAUUCAGACACUACAGCUGAUUGAACUACACAAAUGUAAGUGUUCUGUUCUUGUUUCAGCAGAGCAAAUACAAGAGGAGCAACAAAGCUUGGGAAAUGAUGACCUCGUUAUUCAUGUGAACUAUAUACGUGAGUAAACAUUAAU